AUGUUUACUUCGAAAAGUUGGACAACUAGUAAAUCGGCUAAAGAGGUGAAAGGCAAAAAGUGUGAGAGGAUGAUUUUGAGUCCUGCCUUCUGGAAUCAUGUUGUUUAUGCUCUUAAGGUUUCCGGUCCUCUUGUUCGUGUGCUUCGACUUGUUGAUAAUGAAAAAAAACUAGCUAUGGGAUAUAUUUAUGAAGCCAUGGAUAGGGCUAAAGAAGCCAUUGCCAACUCACUCAAUGGCAAUGAAGAGAAAUACAAGAGCAUUUUUGAGAUUAUUGAUGCAAGAUGGUUACUUCAAUUGCAUUGUCCUUUGCAUACUGCUGGAUACUUUUUGAAUCUUGAAUUUUUUUAUCCAAAUAAGAUGAGAAUUGAAUCUGAUGAAGAGGUUAAUACAGGAUUGCUUUCGUGCAUUCAUAAAAUGGAAAAAAAUUCAGCAAAAGUUGACUUGAUGAAAUUGAGAGAUACAAGGCAGCUGCAGGGACCUUUGGUUUUCCUUCUGCUAUUAGAGGAAGAACAACCAAAUCUCCAGCUUCAUAGUAAGAAAAGAAAUCGGCUAUUUCAAGAAUGCUUGGACAAUUUGGUAUAUGUGAAGUACAAUAGAGCAUUGCUACGCCGACACACUUUUGGGGAUAUCACAACACCUAUUGAUUUGGCAAAUAUUGAUGAAAGUAAUGAGUGGUUGCUUGGUGAAUUAGAAAAAGGCGAUGGGGAUGAUAAUGAUGAUGAUUCUCUUGUUUUCAUGAAUGACGUGUUGACCUGGGGUGAUGUUGGUAGAGCAGCUGGAGUUUCUGAAUCUCGUUAUGAAUCGAGAUCGAUUGCAAGAUCAACACCAGUUGAAACUCCAUCAUUUCGAAGGCCUCGUGCAAUGAGAGGUGCAUCCUUUUCGCAAGUUGAUGAUGAUGAAGAGGAGGAAGAAUUUGUGAUGGCCGUUGUUGAAAAUGAAGAUGAUUUUGGAAAUCUUGAUGAUGAGUAG